AUGUUUAUCUCAUUACCAACUCCAGUCAUCCUCAGCUCUGUCGCUGCUGCAAAGCGAAGGCCACCACUGACACCACCAUCAGUGAUCCCUCCUUGCGUUACAGCACAAUGCUCGUCGGUGCAGCAGUCUGGCCGGGACAGGUGUCGAAGUCCCUCCAGGUCAGCAGUUGCGUAUUUGGCCCGAGUAUCCAGCUCUCCAAAUUCGCCUACAUUAUCAUCAAUGACGAAUACGUCAGCCUUGCCGACUCCUUCGUCGUUCUCUGUCAACACUCCCACUUCUACUCCAUCUUCAUCACCAUCUGAAGGAUGUCAUUUCCCCUUCGGUUCUGAACGACAGCUACCAUGCCUAUCGAAGUCGGACGGACAAUAUGUUAGCUUCCCAAGCUUCGACGAACUUUAUGGCGAAUUCCCAGAUGAUGAUGAAGAUUCGAAACAGUAA